AGUCCUGCUCUGCUUGUCCAGGGGUAGGGGAUUCUGUUAAAUUUCCUGGGUCCCACACCCUGAGCAGAAGGUAGCCGCUCAAUCAUUGAGCCACCCAGAUUUCCCUCGAGAGACUAGUUCUAUGACGUAAAGUGAGUGCAUCCCUUAACUAAAUUUAUUUAGAACUAGAAAUGAACAAAGACUGUAGCAGGAUCUGGUGACACAGAGAAUAAACAGUAGCUGACAACCCGUGAGUACUUUAAGAACACUACGGCUUCCCAGAGCAAGAACUCAGCUAUCUCCUAUAAAUACUAAUUGUUUGCAGGCCCCCAGUUUUCAUUUCAGUGAAAUGAGAACGAUAAUCCAUAUCUCAGAAGUAAAUGGAAUAAACCUAGUAAAGCGCGUGAGACUGCCUGGCUGGCACAUUACAGAUGUUUAGUGCCAUGAUUUAAUUUUUAAAUUUAAGUUGGAAAAUUAAAAAAAAAAAAAAAAAGAACUAGGAAUCUAAUGAAUAAUUAAUAAAAAUGUUAAGCUGAUGAACAAAGUUUCAAAUGUGAAAGAUAGCCGCCUGGAGAAUCUUGCGGAGGCUACUUUACAAAAACAUGCUAAGCCACGUGACCCCAGAAUCCACCUCGACCUCAAGCGAGUACCUUUAUUCUGCCGAAAACUACAAUUCCCAGAAUGCAUCUAAACCAGACCUCGGGAAUGGAGCCCGGCGCUGCCGCAAGGGAUUAUGGAAGGCGUGGAUCCCUAGGCCAGGAGAGACCGUUUCUCCCUGCCCAGGGCGGGAGAAUUCUGGAGACCGCCUCCUGGGUAGGCGGGGCAAGUGCUAGUGAGCGACCAAUCAGCGAGCCAGCCCUUGGAAGGUCCGAAAAGCGGCGAAUCAGAACGCAAGCGGCUUCAACCUUCACGGGCGCGCGGUAAUUUGAAUACAGCGGAGGAGAAACUGGCUCCGCCGAAGAGAGGUUGCGGGCUUGGAGACUCAGGAGUUCAGUUAAGAAGAUGUCAGCUUUUACUCUGAGAAAAAGGAAACAGCCUUUGAACUGUGACAACUUAUUAUCAGACAUUCCAUCGAAGAAAUUAAUUUUGGACUCUGCUGAAAAUACAUUUCCAUCACCUGAUGAAAAUUACAGUGAUAACAAUGAAAAGAAGGUUCAUUGCUCUCAGCAAAGUCAUUUCCUUUCAAAUCCAUCCGAAACAACUAAAACCAGAUUGCCAUCUGCAAGUCAAGGUUCACCACUUAAAUCUACUAUGUCUACUGUAUCCUUUUAUAAGAAAGAUAAGUGGUACCUCAACCCAUUAGAGAGAAAGCUGAUAAAAGAAAGUCGACCCACUUGUCUAAAAAGUAAUAAUGAAGACCAAUCUUUUCCUGUUGUGACAGAAAAAAUUCAGGGAAAACCAGUCUGCUCCAAGAGGAUGAUUAAAAGGCCACAAAAGAGUUUAAUUUCUAAAUGUCAACCAAAAUACAAAUGCAUCAAGCCUCAAUCAAAAAAUUCUAAAAGUUCCAAGCAAAAUCGAGUGGCCUAUAAGCCAAUUGUAGAGAAAGAGAAUAAUUACUAUUCAGCUCAAGAUAAUCUGAAUGCUCCUCGGGUUCUAAGCCAAAAAGUCAAACCACAAGUUACACUCCAGGGUGGAGCAGCAUUUUUUGUUAGAAAAAAGCCCUGUCUUAGAAAAUUGUCUCUGGAAAACAAGCCAUUACUGGAACUCACAGAAAAGAAUAUAUCAAAAGUGAUCAAAGAUUCUUACGCAGAGACUGCAAGGCAAGUGCCAAAGAGCUUGUUACUAGAAAAAGAACCAAACAUUGAGUUGCUUCAUACAAGAAGUAAAAAUGAAGAGAAAUUAACAAAGGACUCAUUUGGUGGAGUAGUUUGUUUAAGAGAAUGUAAACCUAAUGAAAAUGCGUGUUUUCCUUCAGAGGAUUCUCUCAGUAAAAACAAGGCGGUUUCUCCUGAGUCCAUUGUCUAUCCUAUCUUCAGUGUGUCUUCAGUCAAUACAAAAAGAUCUUUAGUUGAAGAACAGUCUUCUGUGGGAUCCGUCAUAUCUGCUAACUUGAAACAGAUCAACAUGCAGAAAAGUACUAAUGCCAGGGAUACAAAUAAAGAAACAGAAGACCAGCUCAUCAUUGAUGCAGGUCAGAAACAUUUUGGAACCACUGUGUGUAAGUCCUGUGGCAUGAUCUAUACUGCCUCCAACCCUGAAGAUGAACUGCAGCAUGUUAGGCAUCACCACAGAUUUCUGGAGGGAAUCAAAUACACAGGCUGGAAAAAAGAACGUGUUGUAGCAGAGUUUUGGGAUGGGAAAAUUGUGUUGGUCCUGCCACAUGAUCCAAGUUAUGCUAUCAGAAAGGUAGAAGAUGUCCAAGAACUUGUUGAUAAUGAAUUGGGCUUCCACCAAGUUGUUCCCAGAUGUCCAAACAAAACCAAGACUUUUCUCUUCAUAUCUGAUGAUAAGAAAGUAGUUGGGUGUUUAAUUGCAGAGCCCAUCAAACAGGCCUUCCGUGUCCUUUCUGAACCAACUGGUCCAGAAUCUGCAAGCUCUAAAGAAUGUCACCGGGCUUGGCAAUGUUCAGAUGUGCCACAGCCUGCAGUAUGUGGAAUAAGUAGAAUCUGGGUCUUCAGGUUGAAACGAAGAAAGCGCAUCGCAAGACGAUUGGUAGAUACUCUCAGGAACCGCUUCAUGUUUGGCUGUUUUCUCAGGACUGACGAAAUAGCAUUUUCUGACCCAACACCAGAUGGCAAGUUAUUUGCAACAAAAUACUGCAACACCCCUAAUUUCCUUGUAUACAAUUUUAAUAGUUGAGCCCAGUGUCUACUAUAGAACAGUUACUAUGUGGAUGACUUCAGACACAUUUGUUAAAUGUGAACUAUUUAACAAAUAUCAAAACAAAAAUACUAAGAUGCACACAGAGACACAUAAACCUGUAUCAGUUUUGUUCCUUAUGAAUUAAAAAGUGAGAGAUAAAUUUGUUGAAAAUUAUCUGGGUAUUCAAAAAAAAUUCUGUCCAGCACUGGAAUCCUUAAUUAUGAAACUUUGUAGCUAUAACUGGAAAAUGACAUGCCUACUACAUAAAAACAUUGACAAAACAAGGUGGUUUCCACAGAUAUGUGACCACUUAUCUUUUAUAAAGCAGACUUUGGCACCAGGAUUAUCUCAUGCCCAAUCAGAGGCAAAUAGCAAAAUUUAAAGACAGGCAAAUAAUUUCCAUGCCCUGCCUUUAAAGGUAAUUCCUGAAUUCUGUACACAAAAUUCUCACUUUAUAGGUGUUGGCAAGAGCAACUUAGUUUGAAAGUAUUUAGAAAGUGUCUUGAAUUUUUAAUUUUUAAGAGGACUCUCCCAUCUUUAUUGUAAAGAAUGAGUAAGAUUUCCAUAUCCUUUUAUGUAACACAAUUCUGUAGCUUAGGGUUUUAAUCCUUUUGAAAAACAUACCUGUCUUCAGACUUAAUUACAGUUAAACAUAAUAGUUGCACUAUUGUCAUUUCAUGAAUUUCAGUGUGUGAAAAUGCUGAUUGUGCUACUCACCUUUAGUGCGCUUGUCACUGAGGAUCAGUGUCAUUAACAAAAUGGAUCCCCAGUUGGAUUAGAUGAUUCCUGUGGUUACAUUCUUUAAAUGUUUGAAUGUUUAAGAUAUAUCUUGCUCUGAGAAGUCUGGCAAACGUUCUGACAAAGCGAAGAGUAAUAUAUAACUGAGGUUAGUAAAUAAAUGUAUCUAGCCUGAUGGGCCAGAGAAUGUAAUGACAUUAUAUAAAUACAGCUCAGUAUGUGCACAUUUUUCUAGUAUAAUUCUUGGAUACUUACUUUAAAGAGCAAAGAAUUAUUCAUAUUGUUUUGAUUUUAAAAUUCAUAUAACUGCUUAUCUGGCAAUAGGACUCUAGGGAAAUUUUCUGUGUUGUGACUCUGUAGAGUCAGUUCAUCUGCAUUCUUUUAUUUUCCUAUAAGUCAACAUGUUCCCCAAGUUUAAAAGCCUGGAUUCCAAAAAGAAUGUGGAAGUGUUAAAAUGUGUGUGAUUAUGCCAACAUUUUAAUGCUGUUUUCUGCACUGCUGUUUUUGUUUUAAAUAUUUUAUUUAAAAUUUUCUAUUAACAUUAUUUUGCUUGCUCAGUGCUUUGUGAUGAGUCGAUUAAAAUUCCUUUCAAUUGUCU